AUGGAGGUGAGUACCGUGUCCCCAUCUCCUGCCUCACCCACUGAAGGAGAUGAUCUGUGUGAGACAGAUGUCACCAGCGUGGCUAUACACAGUGUGACACUGCUCAUCUGCCUCUGUGGGCUGGCUGGGAACGGGGCUGUCAUCGGCCUCCUCAACCUGAAAAUCCCCAACUAUCGCUUCUUUGUCCUGGCUGUCACUGAUUUCCUCUUCCUCCUCCUCACAGUCCCCUCUGCCCUUUUACUGGUGGAGAAUGUGUUCUGCUCUCCUGUCAUGCCCCUGCUGUACCUGAGUUUCCUUUUCCAGCUCUCAGUGGUCUCCUACUACUACUGGGCGCUGUUAUCACUGAUGCCCAGGAGACUGACAUUCCUGUGCCCAUCAGAUGAGCAGGAGCUCUGCCGGGCAGCUCUCAUCUCCAUGUACAUCAUCAUGCUGCUCCUCUUUGUUAUACCCAUGCUCAUUUCAAUCACAGUUGAUUUCAUUAAUUCUAACUGGGGCUCCCAGCAGCAGCAGCCCAGAAGGCGUGACAUUGUUAUCCUCAUCAUUGCGCUCUUCACUCUCUUCCUCAGGCUCUGGAAUUUCCUGCAGCAACUCAGUUACAUCGUUGUGUCAUCAGAGGUUUUUUUACUGCUCGCCUGUAUCCACAGCAGCACCAAAUCCUUCAUCUACUUCUUGGCAGGGAGGUGCUGGAGGCCCUGCUCCAUGGGGUCCCUCCGGCUCUCCCUCCAGAGGGUCAUUGAGGAGCAGAAAAAGAAACUGCAUGGAGAAAUGAUCCUGCCAUGA